AACGCAGGUUUCUUGUUUGAAAAGCAUCCGGUCAUGCGCACUGUCCCACCAACAUGGCGCUGGCGAGUUCUGUCUACAAUUUGCUCUUUAGGAGAACAUCUACUUUCGCUCUAACCGUAAUGGUUGGGGCGGUCGUCUUUGAACGAAUGUUUGACCAAGGUGCUGAGGCGAUUUAUGACCACGUGAAUCGUGGAAAGCUAUGGAAACACAUCAAACACAAUUACGAGAACAAUGACGAGAAAUAGGCCGUGGUCCCGGAGUUUCCAAGGAUAGAGUGCAACUAUUGGCAAACUUCUACUAUCUCUUCUCCUUGGUCUCCACACCUAAAUCAAGCAUCAGUCAGAAUGGACAAUGUGUUCAAAGUCAUGCCCAGGCUGGCGGAGGCUCCCAGAGGACCAAUGGUGGCUGGAGGUGGAGGUGACUUGACUAUCCAGGCCGUCAUGAAGAGCAGUGGUCCCUGUCACCUCGACCCCCCUCUUCUUGAUUAUUUGUAAUGCCUUUGUUCUCUUCAUAGCGUGUAAAUGCUUAAAUUAAACAUGUGUUAAUAUCUUA